AUGCCACUCCGCACCGCCCCGUUCCGUGCAGCAGCGCACCUCAUAGCUGCAGCAGACAGCCGCACGCGACCAGCACCCGCCGCCUUCUCGUGCUUCUUCCACAGCAGCCCGGCCCUGCGCCGCGAUGAUAUCGACAGCAAGAACCACUACGAGACCCUCGGGGUCCAGACCAGCGCCUCCCCCAAGGAUAUCAAGCGCUCCUUCUACCACCUCUCCAAGACGCACCACCCAGACCACAACCCAGACGACCCGCUGGCCUCCAAGCGCUUCAUGCGCAUCAGCGAGGCCUACAGCGUCCUCUCCAACACCGACAGCCGCGCAAAGUACGACCGUGACGUCCUGCGGCUGCAUGACCAGCGCCCCGCCGCCGCCGCCGCCGCCGGGCCACACCACCGUGGCGCCAGCUACAGCAGCACCGGACCUGCGGGCGGCAGGCCGGCGUCGGGUUUGUCAAGGAGGCGAGGGACCUUCCGCGGCCCGCCGCCCAGUUUCUACCGCAAUGGCGGGUGGGGCGCCCACGGCGCCAAGAGAAACCAGGCGCACGAAGACUCGAUGAGCGGCGGCGGCGGCGGCAGCGGCGGCGGCCACCACGAUGCCCACCACCACGGCCACCAUCACCACCAUCAUCAACAUCCUCGUCACCAACAGCAGCAGCCAGCAUCGGGUGCGAAUGGUUUCGGCGGUGGUGGGGCAGGCCCCGGUCAUGAUACCUUCGGCGGCAGCAGCGGUGAGAUGCCGCACUUCGACCGGACGGCCAAGGCGGCGCACACACGGACACAGGGAAGGGUCGAUGAGAUCCGGGCGCGCAAGGCGGCCAAGAAGCCCGGGUUCCCGUCCGCAUCGGGCGACUACGGCGAGGUCGGGAGUUUCUUCGCCGUGCUGGCCGUGCUGGGUGUCGCGGUCGGGCUCCCGUACCUCGUCAUGAAGGGCUGGAACCGGCCGGACAAGAAACAGAAAAAGACCCAGGGGUGA